AGGCCACACGGCGCAUGCGCCAUGGCAAGCCCAGCAGCCAGAGUGCGAUCUACUGAUGAAGAGACUCAUCGACUUCUCCCUCACGACUACUAACGAGAAAGAGGCUUACAUGAUCACCAACAGCGUAGUGCUGGACGACGGAGAAGACAGGAAGGAGCAACGGGAGGUGCUGGUCGUGUUUGAAGGAGACCGCGAUGAAGAAUGUGGCGAAGGAAGAAGAUUGAGAGGGAAGGGAAGGAAGGAAGUGCACGAUCAGGCGGAGGAGAUGGAGGCCGAUCUUACGGAUAAGAAGUAUCCUACGGCGGUCGGCUCGAUCACAUCUGACAUAUCCAAGACCAAAUUAUUUCUCAUCUUUGUUCUUGUGCUCUUAAUCCUCUUUUCCGUCAUCUUGUCGCUUCCUGAGAUCGCAAGCGUUGAGGGUGGCAGUGAGUUCGAGUGGAGCCCUCGGUCAGUGCAGGACUUUAUCAAAGACAAGAACUUGCUCCUCAGAUAUCGAGAUGCUUACUCGGGUAGACUCUUGAUCGGAAUCAUGGUCAUCUACAUCAUAUCGCAAACUUUUUGCAUCCCAUCCAGUGGAACUGUCCUGAACCUCCUUGUCGGCUACAUCUACAGCGAGGUGACACAGAAUGGGGAAUAUGUUGUGGCUCUUCCCGUCGCCAUCUUUUGUGCUUCGAGUGGAGCUGUGAUGACGUAUUUGCUAUCUUACUUCACUUGUCGUGGACUUGUGAUGCGAACGUUUCCCAAGAGGGUGCAAUGGUUGAGGCAGAGGGUCGCCGAGCUUCAGCCACUUGCGGCAAUUUCUUUUUUAACGUCCAUGCGGGUCUCACCCGUCAUACCUGCCUACCUCCUCAAUCUCGCUGCUCCGCUGACCCCGUUGCCGCUGUGGCAAUUCUGGUUGGCAACUGUGUUUGGCUGCACCCCACACAGUCUCGUCACUGUGACAGCUGGAGCGACGAUCUCGCGGAUGAAACCGGGGGAGAAUAUCUUCAAGACGAGCUUCAUGCAGAUAGUUUGGCUGCUUUUGCUUGCGGUGGCAGUAGCAUUAAUCCCCUUCCUCCUGCGCGUCAGAGCUCCUGCAUGAGCAAAUGAUGCCAAGGGGUGAGUGGAAAACCAGUGCGAGGAGGGUUCGAGGAGGCGGGAGGUUUCGAGAUUUUUGUCGAUCCAAAAUGGUAGGAGUGAAGGUUCAUCUACAGCGAUAAGCAUCUAAGUCCUCCCAUGCUGCCGUCGCCCUGUAACAGACGGCGACUAAUAGCGAGACUCUCUCUCCUUCCUCUCGUUCACGUGAUUGGUGUACCACAUGAUGAAGCCCAGCGUGAGGGCAGCAGGGAUCAUGUCGGGCAGCACGUCAAACACCUUGUGCUUGAACUUAGCGCCGAAGUUGGCGAGCAAGCCGUUGACAUGCUGGAUCUCAAAGGGAGAAGUGUGCUGCUCCACCACUCCUCGCAUGCGCUUGUAGUAAGGAAGCUUGUCUCCCACAGGUCCGCCUGCCAUUCCUCGUCUGCCUGUCGCUGCCAUGGUCGCGCUCAAGCGCGUCACCUUUCCCGUAUUCAUGAACGCACGCAUUGUUGUGAACGAGGAGAGGUA